CAUGUAAAGUUUUUCUCCAUUUUGUGUUCCAAUGGUGAAAGUUCUGUGGAUAUGAUACUAUCGUUUUCAGAAUGCUGACUAGAUGACAUUUCAGGUUGAAGUUCUUCUCAUUGUUUUGUCACCUGUUUUGAGGAGGCAUGUUGCUCUUGGUGGAGUUCCUGAAAUUCGAUCUGCUGUGAUGAAGGAUGGUCCUGUGAUCACAGAUCUUGGUAACGUGGUGGUAGAUGUGAGCUUUCCAAACGGGAUACAGAACCCUUUUGAGCUUGAGAAGAAUUUAAACAUGAUACCUGGAGUGGUUGAUAAUGGUAAGAAAAGGACUUGAGAACUUGAGCCUUCUAUUAUUUUCUUGGAGCAUGCCAUUUCUAGUAUUCAGCCUAUAUUUUCAUUUUCUAGACAUACAUCAACUGCUACCCAUAUAUCAUAACUUUUCAGCCCAAGCUUUAAUUAUUCUAUGUAUGGAUUUUUUCAUGACAUGAUACAGGGUGACCAAAAUUCUUGGACCAUCGUAUUUUCUAUAA